AUGGCUGUUCAUCAGUGGACACGGCAGGAAAAGUUCAAACGUGGUGUCUGGGCUGUUGCCUUUGCAGCAUGCAUUUUUGCCGGAACCAUCACCGGCGCACAGCUUAAGACGGAUAACGAGAAGAAGGAGGCCAUUCAUGAAUUUCGCGCGACCUCACCCAACGAGCAAAUCGCUGCCUUGCUUUCUCAAAGAAAGUCUUUAGUUUCGCAAAAGGCAGUUUUACAAAGAAAAAUCGAUGCUUUCGACCUUCGUGUCAAAGAACGCGAAGCUGAAAAAGCAAGAAAAGACAGCGACUCAUCAUAG